AUGCUCUCACGUGUUGCUGCAGUGAAGGCACCCCGCACACACAACCGUCGCCGCGUGACCGGAUCCAGCGGAAGGAGGAGGGAAGGAGGAGAGAGUGAGCCGCCGAGGCCCAACAUGUCCCGGCGCGUGUUUGCUUCCGCGGUGCUGCUCCUAAUUGUCGUGACGAUGUGCUGCGGUGGAGCUGCGACCGCUCAGGUGGGAAGUAAUGCUGAUGCUUCAACUCCUGGGUCGGCAUUGACGGGUGCCAUUGCUGGAGAGGGGAGUGCUUCAGGGGGUGUUGAGGGGCUGCAACGGGUCGAUCUUUUUGUGCCGCAGAAGACGCAGGUGCUGCCGAAGAAGGGGCCUGACUCAAGUCGGAGGGAUUCAUUUUUUUCACCCUCUCUCGUCAGCGCUGGUGGAGUAAUUGCUGCUUUUGCCGAGGGCCACAUAAAUACCAAAAACCCCCAUAACGAAUCAGCUAAGCCGUUUUCUGAUGUUGUUGCGGGGUACAUCGACUCUGCGUGGGAAUGGCCCACUCUUGUUGAAAAGGUGAGUGAAAGUACAUGGCAAGCACACACUGUGCUUGGUAAAGCGGAGGGAAAGAAGAGUUUGGAUGUUGUGCUCCGCCCCACAACCACCACGAAGGGCAAUAAGGUGUUUCUUCUUGCGGGAAGCACUGAUUUGUCCUAUGUAAAUUGGAGUUGGAGAGAGGGUAGCUUGGAGCUGAAACUGGUUGUGGGUGAUGUCACGAAGCCUACGAGCAGCGAGCCGACUGAACGUAUCAAAUGGGGCGAAAUCAAGUCUCUGUUAAACGAGAGUACUAUAGCUGCUCAAAAAGGUAAAUUGACGGAGUUCCUUGCUUCUGGUGGCUCGGGUGUUGUUAUGGAGGAUGGCACCAUUGUGUUUUCUCUGAUGGCGGUGAAUGAAAAAAAAGAUGGCGUUUUCUCCUUGAUCAUUUACUCGAAGGACAACGGCAGUACCUGGUCGCUCUCUGAGGGCAUUUCCCCUGCGAAAUGCGGUGCACCCCGCAUCACCGAGUGGGAGGGAUCACUUCUCAUGAUUGUUGAUUGCGAGAAUGACCAGAGGGUGUACGUGUCGCGUGACAUGGGGACAACGUGGACGGAGGCCAUCGGGACACUCUCAGGCGUGUGGGUCAACUCACAAUUGGGAGACUAUCCGGACGGAGGCUUGCCUGUGGAAGCCCUCAUCACCGUGACCAUUGAGGGCAGGAAGGUCAUGCUGUACACACAGAGAGGGUACGCCUUGGGGGAAACGGAAACGACCAGUGCGCUUUACCUUUGGGUCACGGACAACAACCGCUCGUUUUUUGUUGGACCGGUUGGCAUGGACAAUGCUGUGAAGGGGGAGCUUGCCGGCGCCCUGCUGUACUCGGAUGGCAAGUUGCAUCUUUUACAACGGAGGGACAGUGGUGAAGACAGUGUCAUGUCGCUUUCCCGCCUGACGGAGGAACUGAAGGAAAUUAAGUCCGUCCUCAGCACUUGGUCGCAAAAGGACGUUUUCUUCUCCAGCUUGUCUAUACCCACGGUGGGUCUGGUGGCGGUAUUGUCCGAUGCGGCCGGUGAUGGGAGAUGGUACGACGAGUACCUUUGUCUGAAUGCGACGGUGACGAACGCCACGAAGGUCAAAGAUGGAUUUCAGUUGACGGAGCCUGACUCCAGGGCAGUAUGGUCUGUGAACAUUCCGGAUGGUAAUGUGCGUCAUAUAUCCUUGAGCCACAACUUCACACUCGUGGCGUCGGUGAUCAUCGAAGAGGCUCCGAGUGGGAACACACCUCUCCUGACUGCGGUGUUGGUUGACGCUGGGCCCGAGUAUUUCAUGAGACUGUCGUACACCGCGGAUAACAAGUGGAUGACGAUGCUCAAGGACGAGAAAAAACCAACAACGGAAAGCAGGCCUUGGGAGGCGGGAAAAGAACACCAAGUGGCACUCAUGCUGCAAGGCAACAAGGCCUCUGUGUACGUUGAUGGUGAGUUGCUGGGGGAGGAAGAAGUGCCGUUAACAGGUGAAAAGCCACUUGAGAUUUUCGCGUUUUGCUUUGGCGCGUGCAAAAUUGAUGGUGAUGAGGAGGAGUCAAGUCCGAAGGAGAUCGGAAAAAAACCUCGUGUGACGGUGACGAACGUCUUUCUGUACAACCGCCCACUGAAUUCCACUGAAAUGCGUGCAAUCAAGGACAGGAUCCCCGUUCCGACGAGAGCUCCAGAACCACAAGUGAAAAUUGCUCCCAAACCUGCCGCGCCUGCUGCACCUGCUGGGAAUGAAGAAACGGCACGAGAAACGGGUGAUGGUGGGGCAAAUGGUGAUGCUGUUUCCGCGUACGGGAGGGUGCUGCUGCCGCUGCUUUUUCUGCUUGGACUGUGGGGCCUUGCGACUGCGUGA